AUGUCGAAACAAAUGAAUUUGUCUUUGUCCAACACUGAAUCUCAUCUGAAUGGUCAUGGAUCGGUUGUAGUGGAUUUCAUUCCUCCGGAUAUUCUUAUGACUGGGGGUGAAAGACGUCUGAUGGAGAUCGUGAUAGACAUCAGCUUCAACUUCAUCAUUUCCUUCACCGGCAUCUUCACCAACGUUAUUGUCAUCACAGUAUUCACAAAGCAAGGGUUCAAGGACAGCGUCAACAUCUCCAUGACAACCAUCGCCGCUUGGGACCUGGUGAAGAGUCUCGGUGGAGCCAUGCAGCGCAUGUCCGGCCCCAUAGGACUCUGGUCCCCCUCAGCGGCUCAGAGCUGGUCAAACAUCUGUCUGGUCAUCUUCAACUAUCUUGUCUCUUUCGCCACGUACGUCACCAGCGUCCUGGCAGCGUACGUGGCAGUCGAGAGGUGCCUUUGCGUGAUGAUGCCUUUAAAGGUCAAGUGGCUGCUGACGCCGACAGUGUCUUUCGUGAUUUGCGGCAUGGUGUCCUUCGUCGUUUUCGGCUGUUUCGCUGUCAUCUUCGGCAUCUACGACAUUGUCUGGGUCUGGGACUCCCGCUACAACGCGUCCAUUGCCAUCUAUCAGUACAACGAGUUCUCAACCGUGCACAGCGUCGCACUAUUCGCUUACUACAACCUGUCCGGAACUCUGUGGCCUCUCAUCAGCCUGGUAAUAAUUGUGAUUUCUGCUGUUAUCAUUUCCGCCAAGCUGCGAGAGGCGUCAAAGUUUCGCAGCCAGCAUCACACCGGAGGCACUGCCCAGCCAACAAAGCACGACAAUUCUGGCUCUGACAAGGCAAAGAAGACCAAACCAAUCACAAACCGGGAUCAGAAAGUGGUCAAGAUGUUACUGGUCAUCAUCGUUCUGUACAUCGUCAAUCUGAGCCCACGCGUGGCCCACUACCUGGCCAAGUAUUUUAUCCAGGAAUACUACUACUUAAGACAGUACCACAAUUUAGCUUCAGCAAUGGCGUAUAUUGUUUUUUUCUUUGACUAUCUGAACGGCACGGUGGGACUCUUUGUUUUUCUCUCCAUGAGCUCAUCUUUCAGAGCCACCUAUAAACAAAUUUUUCCCUUAUGUACUUUCCACUUCAAAAAGUAG